ACAUCAGUCGCGAGUGCACGUCGAAUGUAUUACUCACUUUAAUCAAAACAAAGCGCUUUUCGUCUUACUGUCAUACCCUACUUGAUGUCAACAAUCCCAUUUCGUGGCUUUAAUUAAAAUAACUACGGUGUGAACAGGUUUCAGGGGGGGUUAUCCGAAUUUGGCCAGAUAAGUGAUUCGUGUAGUGAUUUGUUUUAACAUAAAGAGUUAUAAAGAUAUGUAUAUGCCUAUGCAUAUACUUACCCUAACAAAUAACUUCAUGUUCUAAACAUAUUAACCGACAGUGUUUAUAAUAAAAGUUUCUGGAUUAAACACCACUGCGUGGUCGACCAUUGUAUUGCUAUAAAUGCGAGUAUUAAUGAUUACUAUUAAUACUUAUUAUAUACGUAUUUAUCUACGUGAAUAAAAAAUCUAUUGAAAAAUAUUUUUUCCACUCCAAGCAAAGAAAAUUCAUUGAUCCUAAUUGAUAUUAGUCAUGUGAUUUUAAAUUGAUUAGACACAAAACUUUUCUACAGAAUGCUGUAGACUGUAAACACACACUUACGUACAUAUGUACUUAGGUAUAAGUAUGUAAAGAAUCUACGAAUAGAUAGCUAAUGUACAAACAUACUACCAUGAAUAGUGAUAGUGAUCAAUUCACGGUCGCUUUCAAUAUUUAAGUAAUGGGUUAUGCAAAUCAAACUCAAGUAAUUUAUUGUUGCUAAUGCUUUAAGUCACGAGUGGAACAUUACGCUUAAAAUUUAGCUCGUUUUUUAUGCCUGAAAAAACUUGUAUGACAUGCAUGUGACAUUAAAGCUUAGACCUGUAAAUACAUGAGCGAAUAAUUGCAUAAGUGGUAGUGAAACUUAAUGCAUUUUUCAGAAAUUUAUGCAAGCUUAAAAAAAACUUUCUUUACUGCAAACAAAUUGAGGGAACUUUAUAUAUGAAUAUUUCAAAAAUGGCUUUAGAAACACCAAAAUCGGAUUUAGAUUUCGGUGAUAAGCAAGAAGCUAAGCAACCGAUUGCUUUGAAGAUGGCCAGUAUGACCAGAAGACGUUCCUCAGCAGCAUCUACAUGUUCAUAUAGCUCAGCAUGCUAUACUGGUAGCUCAGAUGAAGAUAAUGUGUCCCCUCGCGAAAAUAGGCAGCGGAACAGCGCAGGUAGCUCAGAUUUUUGUGUUAAAAAUAUAAAGGCACAACAAGCUUUCGGAAGGAGAGAAAUCGAAAUAGCAGAAAAAGAAAUGCCGGGAAUAUUGGCAUUGCGAAAGCGCGCCUCAGAGGAUAAGCCCCUUAAAAAUGCACAGAUUGUAGGUUGCACACAUAUAAAUGCCCAAACAGCUGUGCUUAUUGAAACAUUAGUAGAGUUGGGAGCUUCGGUUCGCUGGGCAGCGUGUAACAUAUACUCUACACAGAAUGCGGUAGCUGCAGCUCUUGCUGAAGUUGGUAUUCCCAUAUUUGCAUGGCGUGGUGAGACUGAAGAAGACUUCUGGUGGUGCCUUGACAAAUGUGUCAAUUUUGAAAAUUGGCAUCCAAAUAUGAUAUUGGAUGAUGGUGGCGAUGCCACUCAUUUAAUGUGGAAGAAAUAUCCAAUUAUUUUCAAGGCGAUUAAGGGCAUUGUCGAAGAGAGUGUGACUGGUGUUCAUAGAUUGUAUCAAUUGGUGAAGACAGGAAAACUAACAGUGCCUGCAAUAAAUGUUAACGAUUCCGUAACAAAAGCAAGGUUCGAUAACUUCUAUAACUCAAAAGAUUCAAUUUUAGACAGCCUGAAGCGAUCAACAGAUAUUAUGUUUGCUGGCAAACAAGUAGUUGUUUGCGGCUAUGGGGAUGUUGGAAAAGGUUGUGCACAAAGUCUUCGAGGACAAGGCUGCAUAGUAUAUGUAACCGAAGUUGAUCCAAUAUGUGCGUUGCAAGCAAGUAUGGAUGGGUUUCGCGUAGUUCGCUUAAAUGAAAUUAUUCGUCAAGUGGACAUUGUUGUUACGGCUACUGGCAACAAGAAUGUGGUUAACCGAGAGCACAUGGAUCGUAUGAAAUCUGGUUGCAUUGUUUGUAAUAUGGGACAUUCUAAUUCCGAGAUCGAUGUGAAUAGUUUGCACUCUGCUGAACUGUCGUGGAUGAGAGUGCGCUCUCAGGUAGACCACGUAAUUUGGCCCGAUGGUCGAACAAUUAUCCUUUUAGCAGAAGGACGUCUUGUUAAUUUGGCUUGUUCGACGGUUCCAUCAUUUGUGGUAUCAGUUACAGCUGCAGCGCAAGCAUUGGCUCUCAUAGAGUUAUUCAAUGCACCGGUUGGUCGUUAUAAAUCUGAUGUCUACCUGUUGCCUAAGAAAAUGGAUGAAUAUGUCGCAAGUUUACAUUUACCCAUACUAGAUGCUCAUUUGACAGAACUUACCGAUGAGCAAGCCAAGUACCUAGGUCUAAAUAAGGCUGGGCCAUUUAAGCCUAACUAUUAUAGAUAUUAAAUAUAAUAAGGCUUUAGUAACAAACUCUUGUUACAUACUAUAUACAUGCACGUAUGUAUAGCUAUGUGAUCAUUAUUGUAUUAUGUGUAUUUUAUAUCUGUAUGAGCCAAAAGCUGAUAUACGUCUGAGUUAUUCUAAUUUGGUUGCAAAAAUAUAACUUCCAUGUUAACAUAGA